UUAUUCAGCUGGUGGAUAAGGAAACGAGCGGAGGGCAGGGAUGAACAGAUAGAAGCACCAGCCAGUGAAUCAAUGAACGGAUCGCGACCUGGGCUUUUUCCAGAGUACCAAACCGGUUUUAGGUAUCGACCUACACUGAGCUGACCCAGAGCACAACUCGGUAGAGUCCAGUGAAGGUCCACAUCAGCAGAAAUGGCUCCGGCAGCCAUGUCUAAGCCUCCGUCCUCUCUCAACUCACUCCGCCCUUUCCACUUUUCUCCCUCUUCUUUCCUUCUCUGCCUCCUUCUCUCCUUCUUUUUGCUGCUGUCAUGCCCUGGAUCGGUCAGUGCAGGUGCGGGAAAGAAAAACUGUUCCUCUGGUGGAGACCCCUGUCAGGAAGGAGUGGUGCUGCCUGUCUGGAACCCUCAGAACCCCUCUGUAGGAGACAAAGUGGCACGAGCCAUUGUUUACUUUGUAGCACUCAUCUACAUGUUCCUGGGUAUGAGCAUUAUAGCAGACCGGUUCAUGUCUUCUAUAGAGGUGAUAACCUCCCAGGAGAAGGAGAUCACCAUAAAGAAGCCGAAUGGUGAGACCACCACAGCCACCGUGAGAAUCUGGAAUGAGACUGUUUCUAAUCUCACUCUAAUGGCCUUGGGUUCCAGUGCCCCUGAGAUACUGCUGUCUGUUAUCGAGGUGUGCGGUCAUGGUUUUGAGGCUGGUGAUCUAGGUCCCAGCACCAUUGUGGGCAGCGCCGCCUUCAAUAUGUUUGUCAUCAUCGCUCUGUGUGUGUAUGUGGUCCCCGACGGAGAAACGCGCAAAAUCAAACACCUUCGGGUGUUUUUUGUCACAGCGGCUUGGAGUAUCUUCGCCUACAUCUGGCUUUACCUGAUUCUGAGUGUCUUUUCCCCUGGAGAGGUGGAGGUGUGGGAGGCAGUGCUUACUUUCCUCUACUUCCCACUCUGCGUGGUCCAGGCCUGGGUGGCCGACCGCCGCCUUCUCUUCUACAAGUAUGUCCGCAAGCGUUACCGUGCCGACAAGAAUCGGGGAAUCAUCAUUGAGACAGAGGGUGGGGCUGAUGGAGGGCUAGGCAUGGAUGGAGGAGGAGGGGGUGGAGUGCUGGGUCCAGGGGGUUUCACCAAGAUGGACAUGCUGGAGCUGGACGGACAGAUAGCGCUGAACUGUCACAGCGGGAUGGAUGGAGGCAUGAUGGAGGAGGGAGGAGCAAAGGACGAUGAGGACGAGGCUAGGAGGGACAUGGCAAGGACGCUAAAGGAGCUGAAGCAGAGGCACCCGGAUAAAGACAUGGAGCAGCUGAUUGAGAUGGCUAAUUAUCAGGUCCUGAUGCAGCAGCAAAAGAGCCGAGCAUUUUACCGUAUCCAGGCAACCAGGAUGAUGAUUGGAGCAGGUAACAUCCUCAAGAAGCACGCUGCUGACCAGGCCCGCAAGGUGGUAAGCAGCCAUGAGACCCAGGCCCAGGAGGAUGACCCUCACACCAUCAGGAUUGAGUUUGAACCUUCUUUGUAUCAGUGCUUUGAAAACUGUGGUUCCCUGAAACUGACCGUUGGCAGACAUGGAGGUGACCCCGGAGUUACUGUCAAGGUGGAUUAUCGCACAGAGGAUGGUACGGCCAACGCAGGUUCAGAUUAUGAGUUUGCAGAGGGAACGCUGCUGUUCAAGCCGGGAGAAACCCUCAAAGAGAUCACCGUGGGCGUCAUUGAUGACGACAUCUUCGAGGAAGAUGAGUAUUUCUACGUUCACCUCAGUAACCCUCGUGUGGUUGGCUAUCCGGAGAUUGGCACUGCACCUCUGGAUGCCAGCGCUACCCCGAAAGCCGUGCUGGGUGACAACCACACUGCCACAGUGACCAUCUAUGACGAUGAUCACGCAGGCAUCUUUACAUUUGAAAGUGCCACUCAGAGGGUGAGUGAAAGUGUUGGCGUGAUGGAGGUGAAGGUGCUCAGGACGUCGGGGGCUCGAGGCCUGGUCGCCAUUCCCUAUCGAACCUUGGAUGGAACCGCUAAGGGAGGGGAGGACUACGAAAUGGCUGCAGGCAAGCUGGAGUUUCAGAACGAUGAGACCAUGAAGAUCAUCGAGGUGAAAAUCAUUGAUGAUGAAGAGUAUGAGAAGAACAAGACCUUCACCAUCGAGCUGGGAGAGCCUGUUCUGUUGGAGAUAGGACAGAAACACGGUGACUCAAAUGAAAACAAGCCUUUGGUGGGGGCGGAGGAGGAAGAGGUGGCCAAGAUGGGCUGUCCCAGUUUGGGCGAACACACACAGCUAGAAGUGGUCAUAGAAGAGUCCUACGAGUUCAAGAGAGCAGUAAAUACACUUCUUAGGCAUGCUGAAAAGAGUACAGUAGAUAAGCUGAUCAAGAAGACAAACUUGGCCUUGGUGGUGGGAAGCAGCAGCUGGAGGGAACAGUUUGUCAAUGCUGUUACAGUCAGUGCAGGAGAUGAUGACGAGGAGGAGAGCGGCGAGGAGCGACUGCCCUCCUGCUUCGACUACAUCAUGCACUUCCUCACUGUCUUCUGGAAGGUUCUGUUCGCCUUCGUCCCUCCCACAGAGUACUGGAACGGCUGGGCCUGCUUCAUCGUCUCCAUAUCGCUUAUCGGCGUCCUCACCGCAGUCACGGGCGAUCUGGCAUCUCACUUCGGCUGCACGAUAGGACUGAAGGACUCGGUGACGGCUGUGGUGUUUGUAGCGCUGGGAACAUCAGUGCCAGACACAUUUGCCAGCAAGGUCGCCGCCAUCCAGGACCAGUACGCUGACGCCUCCAUCGGCAACGUCACCGGCUCCAAUGCGGUUAACGUCUUUCUGGGCAUCGGCGUGGCAUGGACCAUCGCUGCCAUCGCCUGGCGCUCCAAGGGCAAACCUUUCAAGGUGGACCCAGGAAGUCUGGCCUUCUCUGUCACCCUCUUCACUAUCUUAGCUGUGGUGAGCGUGCUCACGCUUCUGUACCGGAGGCGGGCAACAGUCGCCGGUGGCGAGCUGGGUGGGCCGCGGACUUGCAAAAUAAUAACGUCGCUGAUGUUUGUCUCAUUGUGGCUGAUUUACAUCCUGCUGGCUUCCCUGGAGGCCUAUUGCCAUAUACCAGGGUUUUAAAUGGAGAGGAAAGCAGAGGGAGAGAGAGGCCCACUGCCAAUAUGAAAAGAGAGAGAGAGCAAUGCAGCAGUCUUGAGAGAGGGAGAAGAGAUGGAUCGAUAUGGGCCGACUUUUCAGGAAAUCUUUAAAUCCGUCCAAAGACUAUUUCAGUUUUUCAUCAGAUAUGUUUUUUCCCUACAUUCCUUUCUGUCCUGAAAAACAGAGAGUGAGUCCUCAUAAACAGUAAAACUUGCCAAAUGUCCAAAUGGUUAAUUAUUUAUUCUACAUUAGCAGACCUUUUAGACCAGAAGCCCCUCGAAUACAUAAAAUUAAAAUGCAACAUCGUGAAAAAAAGGUAUAAAACUGACUUUUGAGGGCGCUUCUAAAAUCAGCAGUUGACAACAAAGCAUACAGGCUCAUGUUGUCCUAAUAUACUGCCAAGAUAGCUGGAAUGAAAAGACGAUCAGCUGGCUUCUGAAGAGAAAAUAGGUUGAGAGUGAGGAUUAAAGUGAGAUAUAAAAAUGGAAAAGACGAGAAAAGAAGAAACGGAAAUAGAGAGAGAAGAAAGUGUGUAUAGCAUAAACAAGAAUAUGUGGUAAAAAUCUUUUACUGCCCUGCAUCAGUCACUCGUUCGCUCCCUCCACCUUUACCGUAUCAGUGGACGCUCCUGUCUGAACAUUUGAGCUCUAAUACUGACAGUGACUUAACACUUUUAAUCCCUCUUCCACCAAAUGCACGCACACACACACACACACACACACACACACACACACACACACACACUCUCACCUAUACACACUCUUGGGGCCCUCAGGUGAUUCUGCAGUUGCGGGGACCAAGUUGCGGGCGAGAUGAAAACUGACCACCUUUCAUUUUUAUUUUUUUGUCUUUUUUAUUCUUUUCUUCCUCGGUACACUGUGCAAAAUAGUCCCUCCACACACAUACACACCAUACACUUUCCUCAAACCCUUGCUCUUGCCUUACUUUUAGCUUCCCCGUAGGAAUAAAGUCUUAAAGUUGUGAUAAUGAAAUGUUGUAGUCAGCACCGACCGACCUGCCCUCUUUUUAAUUGAGCCAGUUUCUGUUUCAUUUUGGCAUUUGUUUAAUGCCAAAUCCCCACACUUUUUACUAAACUUUUGAGUGGCGUCACGUGUUGAUGUUGUUACCGUGCAAUUGUAAAAAAUAACAACAAUGAAAAAAUGUAUGAAUACAGCGUAAUCUGAUAAUAGACAUGACAAAUCCAAGUGAAGAAAUCUCUAAAGUGGGGAGGAAGAACCAACAAGAACAUAGUCCACCAAGAAAAAGCUGAAGCAUUGUGCACGACACAUCGUGACAUUGUUUACACUUUAAACUAUGGAUAAUGUGAACAACUUAGAGCCAAGCAGAGACUUAUGUGAUGCCGUUGAUGAACAACACAGGAAUCGGAGCGAAGGAUCGACUGCGAGACUACGAUGACGACGGUGUUGACGACAAAUCAGAACCAUGACUACAGCCAGUGUUUCUAAUUGUACAUGAUAACAGAAACUGUCGUUGAUGUGUGUGUGAGAAGUCAUUGAUAUCCCCUCUAUCUUAAGCCCCACUCUGAAAGUAAAACUGUUGAGGUAUUCAAGAAAGACUCACGUGGACUUUUUUCUCUGAAACAAAGAGAAACGAGAAGACAUUUUUAAGGAAACCCAAUGCAACAAGAAGUGUGUAAACAUAAAACCAGAGGAAAUUUAAACACUUUGAGGGAAAUGUACGGCAGCUCUGAAAUAUCGCACGACUGUUCUGCUCCAGUCGGGACAUUUCUUUGUAAUCUAAACAAAAAAAUUAAAAAAACUAUAUACAUAUAAAUCACAAGUGUGUGUUAUCCAAAGAUGAGAUAGAAGAGAAUAGUCACAGAUCACGUUUUCAGUGUGCAGUCUACAAGCUGCUGGUUGUAGUUUGUAAAAAAACAAAACAAACAAAAUAACUGGCAAAAAUUUCAUAAAGGUGUUCACACUACAGAUAUAUGUGGUAAAUGAUCUGGUAUAUUUUAUGGGUAAAACUGUGCUAUUUAUUAUGUUUUUGUGAAAUGUUUUUUCUGUGAAACUCAGGCGUGGCGUGCGUGGAAGUGAAAGUAAGAUAUUCAGAAUAGCUAAAAGCGAGAAUAUUAGGCCAUGUAUCGUGUGAACUCAAUUGUUUUGUCAUCCGUGUCUGUCGUUUAAAGCGUCAAAGCCCAGAUCUGCAUUAUGUGGUGUUAAUAGCCCGGUCCUGCCCGGAGGCUGGACCGAAACUGGACAGAAGGGAUGGCAUAUGGCUUGUCAGUGUAGAUUAUUAUUAAACACUUUUUCCCUUUGUUGAAAACAGUAUAGAAAGAGAUACUCUGUAGGAAGUGAGCGAUUUUCCUCUCAACUACCCACCAUGCUGACGGUGAUCUUCAAGAAAAAUCAUCCUGAGAUAAACAAUAAUUUAGCUUUUUGGUUUGUUGACUGACAGAAGAAUAGGACCGAAAACAACAAUUUACCUGCCCGCCAUCCUGAUUGUUAAAUAUGGACAACCCACUCACUGCUGUCAGCCCGUAUAAAUGCAGACAUAACAAAGACGCCUUAAGUUGUAACCAAUCCACGCCUCUGAUACAGCCCCGCCAAGUUCGGUGGAUGUAAAAAUGGAAUAUAAGUGGGUGAUUGGUGCAAACAGGCAUUGCUCUAUAGGGGUAAAAAUUCCUGUAUGCAUUGCACCUUCACUCUAAUGUGACAUUUCUAUGCCACAGGAAAUUAAGGAAAGCUGUUUUCCCCAGCCCACCUACAAUAAUAGAGUUUGGACACCUGCCAUAUUCCUUUUAGCUGCAAAGAUUUAACAUUGCUCUACAGAAGUUAAACAUGAUGACAUGCCCUGUCCCAACACCUGUAGAAAAGGGCGUUGGUCAAGACGUUUUCAGCCUUUUAGAUGCUGAGGUCAUGUUAAGUCAACCUAAGGCAACUCUACUGUCCAUGUGAAAGGUGGGGAUAGUCCAAAUUUUGAAAAACUGCCACAUUGGGAAGAUGUAAACUGGAAGUAUUCAGUGAGUUGUUAAUAGUUUGUAGUAUACCUGAUACUAAGUAUCAAAUUUUGAAGAAGUUCUAUCAAGAUCAUAUAGUAUCUAUAAUGAAUAUAAUUAGCGCUUAAUCUAGUUAAAAUGACGUUAACACCAUAACCGCAUUAGCAAAUCUCCGUUAGCGCGAAUCGCCCCACACAUGGGGCUGCACAUUGACAAUGCGUUAGCUCAGUUACCUCGUUAACACGUUAACGCCGUCCAGCCCCACGCACGGGGCGAUCCGUGCUAACUCGCUAACGGAGAUUUGCCGCGUUAAUGCGGUUAUGGCGUUAACGUCAUUUUAACGAGAUUAACGCUGACAGCACUAAAUAUAAUAUAUAAUGAUAAGUCACAGUGAAACUAAGAUAUGUGGGUUUGUACGUUCAGAUUUGCCUGAUAGGUUGAGAUAGCGUCCAAGCCCCUAACUUUAAGCCUUACCAGUAAAAAGGAAAAAAACGACAACUUUAAAAAUCUCUUGAAUUAGUCAUAUUUGUACGAGGCUAUAAUCGUGAAUUUCAUGGCUGAGGCUGGUCAUUUUAACAUUUAACAUUCACACCCUUUAAUGAUCUCUAAUUAUUUGGUCUCAGCACACAAUAAGUUGAAACCUAGGCCUGAACCCUCCACGACCGAGGUCAGUGUUUCAAUGUUUGACAUGACUUGCACAUUGCCGUGGCCCCUGCCAGCCUGUUACUAGGGCCAAGCUCUUUGUUUUUUCUCAAUGACUUAAGCUUCAGUAACAGUUGCCAGUUUCCGAAUGAGUGGGCAGGAUAAUAGUGCUGCUGACGCCACAGGAACACAGGAAUACUGGGACGGAUUUAGAAAUGUAGGCUUUUUAAAGGUUGAUAAGCCUUGCUGGAGGACGACUGAAAGUGUUUGCGUGUGUGUCUGAGUUUGUGCGUGUGCCUGCUUUCUAAGUGAAUGAAGAAAUGCGACCAUAUUUUUAGUCUUUUGCCUGUUGCUUAGCGACCAUCUAUCUGCUAGCCGUUGUCUUCUUGACUGUUGCUGGUGUGUGCGAGACACUUCAUGUGUGUGUGUGUGAGAGAGAGAGAGGUUUUCUUAUAAUAUUUCUCACUUGCCCUUGUUCUAAUGAAUGUGACAGACUAUGUACGACUGUCAAAUUUUAAAAAAGGAAAUAAGUUGUUUAGCUUUCAGUUCUCAUGCAGCUUGAUUCUUCCAGAAGAUUCUCUAAUUUGGUGUUUUGACAAUGGUGAUAAUAUGUCAGUCCAAAAUCUCAUGUCUGUUCCAUUAAUUUGAGAUUAUUUGACUGCUCAGACCAUCUCUCACAACUGAUCAGUGGGAACGUUGCUGAGACCACGCCCACCAGGAUUUCAUUCUAGGACAAAAGUGGGCACAAUUGCUUUGCAGUGACCCUUCCACUCACAAAUGGACCUAAACAAUGUCAACACAAUGCCCCUGUCACACAUAUGUUACUCAACAUGUGUGUUUUGCCUCCCGUCGUUUGCAUGUGUAUCCAUUGUACUAUGUCUGUCUGUGUCUUUUUGUGUGCUGGUGCAUCUGUGUGGGUUGUAAUCUCCUUACAAGGGCUCGCCCCAUGUGUCCCUAGCUGACUCCCAUAUGCUAGAUUAAUGAAUUUGAAUGCCAACCUGACCCACAGUAAAAAUGCCUGGAAAUUGGAUUUUCUCCCUUGUGUACAUGCCUGCAUGUGCGUCUGAAAUGGAGAUAGGGAGGCAGGUAAAUUGUGGCCGGUACUCUACCCCCAUCAGGUGUCUUUGUGUCUGUACCUGUCAAAUAAGAUUAUAUAUAUAAUCGAUCUGGCUGUCUGUCGAGACUGGAAAGCUGGCACCUUUCUUUAAAAAUGAAUAUACGUGUGCGUAUGUGAGUGGAGUUUGGGAAUGCCUGUCAUACACUGAGGUCACAGACUCCACAUCUCUUGACUGACUGAUGACUACAGGCACACACACUCUUGCACACAAUAUUUCAUCAUCAAUUCACAUGCAAAAAUUCAGAAGAUGAAAAUGGAAGCAUGUGGAAAAAAUCUAACACUUAAAAGUAGUUACAUUGUGACAACAGCAGUUAAAAGUAUUUAACUCAUUCAAUCAAGUGUAAUUAUAUGAUUUGCAGUGUGUGUGUGUGUGUGCGUGUGUGUGUGUGUGUGUGUGCGUGUUCUAGUCCAGCUAUCAUAGUGAGGACCAGAUGGUAUUGUAGACCACUACAGUAAGGACAUUUUGGAAGGUGAAGCCCUUUUGGUCUGUCCUCACUUUUUCAACCGGUUGUGAAAAAGGGUCUGUAUCUGGGUUUGUUUUGUGGGGUUUAACAGAUGUACUGCAUCUAUCUGAAUAGAUAAUAUCUGAAUUUUGAAAUGGAAAGCUUAUUUAAGAGUAUUUGUUUUCAGGUAAACCUGGAAACCAGCGGCAGUGUUUUGGUAUUAUAUUUACACUCAUUCAUUCAUUUUUCCAAGAUCUAUUAUUCCAUAGUUUGUAUUAUUUUUCUGACCACAUAAAUGUCCAGCAGCUGAUCCAUAUGAAAACUAGAAGACAUUAUUAAAUAAAUUAUUUAAAAAUAAAUUAAAAAAACAUGAAUAAAUACAGACAAAACACCUAACCUUGAAAAAAAUGAAUGUUAUUCAUUACUUAUAAGUCUAAUGAGCUGAGUAUUAAUAGUGUAAAUCAUUACUACAGAGCUAUUUGUCAACGAUAAUUUGGAAUAUUUUGUCUGUAUUCAUUUAUAUAGAGUAUACAUUUAUUUCAAGACCUUGGAGUGUCUCAGAGCAUGAAGACAUCAGUCUGUUUCACACAGUGACGAGUCUGUUGUAUACUUUACCAAAUGUUUGCUUAUAUAUGUAAAGAAUCUGUUAUGAGUAACACCUGAACAAAUUAACAAAGAACACAUUUUUAGCAUUUUUGUGCUUUGCUACAUUUCUUGUUUGAAACCAUAUGUAUUGUAUCCAUGUGUGAAAGACAAAAGAGUAUUUUUCUUUUUUUCCCCCAUUCUCACCACCUCCACUAUUAGCCACUACAUUGCUUUCUACCUUAUAAAUAUGUUUUUUUUCACUGUAUACUCACGCCGCCCUAUUUAUGAGCUCACAAAGUGCUUUUUAAUAUAAACAUCUGGUAUUUUUUCAUUCAUUUUAUUAUUAUCUUAUUGUGCUUUUCAUUGCAUUGUUUUGUGUUGUUUUGGUGAUUUUUGUAAUAGAUACACAAAAAAAAUUCCUCACAAAGUAGAACAAGAACAUAAGAGUUUACUCUAUUGUUUUUAUUAUGUGUGUGUGUAUGAGUGUGUGUGUGUGGUUGUGUGUGGAUGUGUGCAUAUGUGUGAGCUGUUCAUAUCAUACUGUGCAAGAGUGUGUUAUUGCAUGAAUUAAAGUCAUUCAGAAUACAGCGUUCGAUGUUGGAAAUGUCGUAGUAAAGAGUAUUUUUAAAUGCUGAAAAUGACAUGAUAUGAAAAAUGAUAUAUAGACCAAACUUUUCUUUUCUCUUUUUUUUCAAAAAUGAAAUAAAACGUG